UGUUGCGGUGCUCCAGUGAUCCACAGGCAGGUGUAGUGGCGAAGCAGAGAAAGCAGAAAGACGAUUGCCACGAGGGGGAUGAGCACAAAAUCUCUGAUUUUGGUGUCCAGAACCAAGUCAGCUGCCAGCAUUUCGAGGAUAAAAAAAAUGGUUUUUUUUUUUUUCCUGUUUCCUUUAGGUGUUUACAGACACAGUUUUGUACAGAGAGGUAUCGUCAGGCUGAUUUGAGUUGCCUGGUUGAUGUUCCACGACGAAUCCUUCGAGAACCGGACUAGCACUAUAUCUGUAGCAUCUCUCGGUCGCAGGGAGAGAGGGGGAGGGGAGAAGAAGAAAACAUUCUGCGCACAAAAACGAUGGCAGGUGGCGGCGCCGCAGGGUGCCAAAGCUUGGCACUUUUGGUUGCCAUAUUUUUUCUCCACAUCUCGUUUUCAGGGAGGAGCGUGCACGCGUCCGGCAAAGUCUCCAACGGCAGCGGGGAUGCCGAGUCAUGGACAUCGAGACUCAACAACACAGUCGGAUCAGACAUAUCGAUUUCGACCGUGUCGAUCCUGUUGCCUCACAGUUCUGAGGUGUCAUUCCGAGUGGAUGCAUACAAUGGGUGCUAUAAAUGGUCUAUGACGACGCCGAGGGUCAUCGACAUCGAAUGCGAACAGGGGCCGUGCUGCACGUUCGUGAUAAUUCGGUCCGCGCUGCCGAACUUCAAGGGGCUAACCGCCAUCAAGCAGGGCAAAGAGAGGCUGAGAACUUGGCUCAUAGCAGAGGACCAGGCAUCUUCUCGUUCUCUGCGUACCGAAGUGUUCCUCGACAAAAUUUCGACCAUCUCGAUUUCGACUACCACGAGGUUCAUGUAUAAAGACGACGUCGAGAUUUUGAAGAUCCAAGCGUACGACGCGGAAGGAAACGUGUUUUCGUCGGUAGAAGGGCUAGACUUCAAGUGGGACAUCAGAACCAGUCUGCACUCGAUGAGGUCGGUUGCGGAAGCCACGUGGGACGAAUACAGCUCGAUCAUCCAGAUUUUGCCGUUCAAGGACCAGCACAUCGAAGCGAGCGAAACGCUGUUGAAAAUGGAGGCCGCAGGAAGACAGGGAAGCGCGGUCUUGAUACGCGCCAACUCGAUUGGCAGAGCUAAGGUGACGUGCUACCUCCUGAACCCGGAGUUCGCCGACGUGUCUCCAGCGAGCGUGUCGCUGAGCGUAUUGGAGCCGUUGCAUCUGCAUCCGUCCGCGCCCGUAUUCUUGACGUUUUAUUCAAAAUACCAGUUCACGCUGAAGACGUUUGAAAAAAACAAAAUUCGAACCAUUUCAAUGCCGAACCCACAAUACGUCUGGAACUCCAGCAACGAGUCGAUAUUCACCGUCAAUUCGGAAGGACUCGUGUCCACGGCGGGCAAAAUGGGAUCCGCGAAGGUGGAAGUCAAGUUCGUGUCCGUGGAGGACAACGUCGCGCACGCCGAAGUCUGCGUCGUCGUGCCAUCCACCAUCGACAUCCUCCUCGCCCCGGUCAAAGAGGAGUACUCUCAGCUUUUUGCCAACCACUCCGCCAGAACCUUCUCCCCCUACGUCGUAGAGGGGCUGCUCUACAGCAUGGACGUCCAAGUGUCCGAUGCCGACGGACACGUCAUCUCGUCCACCGAUUCGCUGCAGUUCAACGUGUCACUCGACCACAAAUUCAUCGAAAUCAAAUCACAUUCGCACAACAAGGACCACGUCGAAUUCAAACCCGUCUGCGUCGGCGUUUCUCGGAGCCAAAUAACCCUUCUGGCAUCAAACCUCCGCACUCACGACGACUCCUCCGACAACUCCACCGCGCCCAUGCAUUGGCCGCCAAUACAAAGGGACCAGGACAUCCACGUCGUCAAGCCCAUCUCCAUCUCUCCGAGCGGCGUCAAAAAAAUCCUGCUGCCCUACUAUCCCGACAUCAAACACUCGUUCCAGUUUUCCGUCGAAGGCGGAUCCGGCUCCUACAUGUGGAGCUCCAGCAACAACCCGGUCGCCACCGUCAACAACAGCGGCCUCAUCGUCGCCAACAGGCCGGGACACAGCACGGUCAAGUGCAUAGAUGACCGACUGACCUACAACAGAGCGCAAGUCGAAGUCAUCGUGGCCAUCCCCAAAUCCAUCGCCUUCGUCAAAGGACCGCGCGAGGCGGUCGUCGGCGGAUCCCUGUUCCUCUUGGUAUCGCUCUACGACAAGCACCUCGACGCGCAAGGCGGUCUGAGCCUCGACAGCGCCAUGGCAUUCGACAACUGCUCCGCGCUCCCCCUCACCUGGAACCUCACCAACUCGGACGUGUUCGACAAACCCGUCCCCUUCCCCUGCUCCGAACUUCCAGAACAGGCGACCCGCGGCGCGUGCGCGUGCGUCAAACUAACCGCCACCAAAGAAGGACAGGCCAGACUCGUCGUCACCUACUCCCACCUCUCCAUAGAAAAUUCGAACAAAACCCAAACGCUCACCGCCUCGACCCUCAUCAGCGCCUUCCGAGAAGUGAAAAUCGACCCACCCUACCUGCUGCUGUCCUACGGCGCCAGCCAGGAAAUCCUCAUCACGGGCGGACCGCAAACUUGGAACUUCCAAAACCCAGUCAUCCCAAACAUCAUUCCCGCUCACCCGAACCAAGUCCUCAUAGAAAAACUCCCGGUCAACAACGUCCCAAACAUAUGGAAGUACCGCGUCACCUGUCUCCUCCACGGCUCCCAAAACAUCACCGUCGUCGUCGGCAACUCGGCCGGCCCCAUCAACCCCUACCCCGUCUUCUACGAAGCCCUGCUCCCGUUCUCCUGUCAGUUUCCCGCCGGCAUUCUGCUCCACCCCGCAAACGUCCCCGUGAACUCGAGCCACGACUCGCCCAACGUCUCCAAGUGGACCCGAGAUCCGGAAUCGCUCGCCUCCAACCAAUUCUACCAACCCUCCGAAACCGCCCCCGUCUUCCCGGAAAUCGGCGCCGCCAGCGGCGUCUGCAUCGAUCACCUCCUCCCCUUCAUCCUCAAAACCGACUUCAUAUACAUGCCCAUGCUCGUGUCCGACCUCGGCAAGUACAGAAUCCGCACGAACCAAACGCUCCUCUUCAACCUGACCAUGUACGACGCCAGCGGACAGAAAUUCAACAACUUCUCCUCUCUCGACAUCCAGUGGACCUCCAGCAACUCGACGCUCCUCUCAAUCGCCGAAACCUCGCGCGAAACCAAAAACCAAAGGGUUCUGAAAAUAUCCGAAAACGGCGGACAAGUCUACGUCGUCAUCAAAGUCAACGGCCUGGACAAAAACUGGACUCACCUCGGCCAACAGUCUCCCCCCUACAUGCCGGAGGGCGGCCUCAUACGCCAGUUCGAGUUCAACACGGCCAGCAACGUCCGCCUGUCCGCAGAGCGCGUAAGCAUCUACAACUACCCCAAGAACACCGUCCGCAUAAAGACCAUAGACGGCAGCGGAUACUACCAACUCACCGUCAACGACACCAAGCUGUUGGAAUCUUUCCUCGAGCCGGAAACCAACGACAUCGUCGUCAGACCCCUCCAAACCGGCGUGGCCAAACUCACUCUCAUAGACCUGUGUCUCAGCGGAAGCGAGCCCGUCCACUGCGUCGUGAGAGUCUCGGACGUUCACAGCAUCAAACUGUCCAGUCCCAACAUGGUCGAAGUCGGAAAGCGGCUCAAGAUGAGCGUGCAAGUGCUCGACAGCGCCGAGCACAUGUUCGACCAGUACCAGUUCAUGGACCUCAAAGUGCACCUAGAAGGAGAGUCUCUGCUAUUCGAGAUUCCCGAAACCAGCUUCAUUUCGACUUGUCCCAAAAGAAAAGACGGACCGUCCUCCUCCGCCCUCUCCGAAUUGGACGGCAAUCGAGGCGCGAAGGACCAAUGCUAUCGAGUCGCGGACGAUUCGCACUUCUUGUCCUCCACCCCACUCGACUUCUGGGUCCUGUCCACCGGCGGCUCCGAAAUCGUCGCAAGGGCUCUCAAUGUCGGCGUUUCCAGCGUGUCCAUAUCCGUCGUCAACCCCGUAUCCGAAACCACUGUGUCCUCCGUUCCCAUCCAAGUACAUGUAUAUUCCCCGCUCCGCGUCAUCCCCUCCAGCUUGGAGCUGCUCCCCAACGCCUCCUUCCAACUCUACAUCUCGGGCGGACCACCGCUCCGCGACAAACUCCUGUUCUCCAGCUCCAACGAAACCGUCGCUCGCGUCAGCCAAGAGGGCAUCGUCUCGACGCACAACGUCCUGGGCAGGUCCACCGUCAUCGUCACCGUCCACCUGCACUCCAAAGACGAAUCCGCCGACCUCUCCGCCGACAACUCCACGCAAACCGUCACCGUCCUCGUCAAAGAACUCAGCGGUAUAGCCAUCCACGCCUCCACCAACAGAAUGCUCGUGGGAGAAGAAAUACUCGUUCGCGCCGUCGGACAGGACAUGGAAUCCCCCUUUGUCUGGAGCAACAUAGACCUCUCGUUCAAGUGGGACGUCGUCAACUCCGAUAUCGCUUCAAUCGUCCCCGUCUAUUCCGACGCCAACGUCACUCUGGACGAGGAGCGCGGACUCGCCGUAGUCGUCCACGCCGUCUCUCCCGGCACCACCAGGCUCUCCGUCAAAAUUCUAUCCGGCCCCUCCUCCCUCGUCAACAAAUACGCCUCGCUCACCCUAGAGGUCGUCCCGGCCUUGGCACUCGACCACAAACGAUCAAUCUCCCCAUCCACCGUCAAACCCUGUCGCCCAGCUCAACUGCUCCUCGUCCCCAACUCCAGAGUCACCAUCACCACCACGUUCCCGGCCUCCUGCGACCUCAUAUCCGAAGACUCCUCCAGCCACAAACCCGUCACCGAGGACGCCAUCGUCUACCUCGACCAAAAAUCAAAGCAACUCGUCUCCAAAGGCGUCGCCGGACUCUCUAUCCUGCGCCUCAAGGAACCUCAAGACCAAUCCGUCACACUCAUCAAAGUCAGCGUCAAACCAAUCCACCAUAUAGAACUCAGACCCAGGUCUCCCGUCUCUCAAGAAAUCCCCGUAGGAAGCUACGCAGACUUCGACAUCAUCCUCCGCGACCAACUCGCUCAACCCUUCGACUCCUACGAUGGCACGCCCUUCGAGUGGUUCACCAACAAACAAGACAUGAUAUCCGUAGAAGUGCUUCACCCCCCAGAGUCCGAACUUCGCCAAAUCCUCAGGAUCAAAGGACUCCGACCGGGCAAACUUAUCCUCCAGGUCUCCGUUGUCACCGAUCACUCCUCACCAUAUCGACUCGCCCAAAACAACACUCAAGACCAACCCUCCAUCUCGCCUUCUCCUACCAACUCCGUCUCUCCGCAGCGAAUCAAACCAAGCAACUUCCAACACUACCAAUACGUUCUGGUCUCCAACGCCGUUCUCCCUCAACACCCCCUUCGUCCACCUCGGCGGCACCAUCCAAUUCAAUACCUCCUUUUCGCACAACACCUCUACCUACAGGCGCGUCUGGAGCACCUCCGACGAACAAGUCUUGCGUAUAGACCCCAUCACAGGCCUCGCUACCGCUCUCUCUCCCGGCAAAGCCUUCAUCUACCACAACUCCAGCGUCCACACACUCACCUCCGCUCAGGUCGUCCACGUCUCCCAUGUCGAAUUCCUCAAAGGAAACUGCACCAACCUCUCCAACCUCAACUACUUCGUCCCCGCCGACCCCUACAACCCUGAAGCCAGACCCUUCUCCACCCGCUGUCUGCUGCCAUUCAAACUCCUCGACUCACUCCAACGAGAAAUAACCGACUCUCCGCCCUAUAUCCACCACAACCUGUCCGUCCACUGCAGCACCGAACAAACCCUCCUCGUCAACGUCACCACCUCCCCUUCACGAACAACCAAAACCGACAACCAAGCCUCGCCAUUCGCCUGCUCCAUAGAAGUCCUCCCGCCCGACAAAAAAACAGAACCAAUCAUGCGGGAAAACAUCCUCAUCUCUGUCAAACUCUCCAACCCCUCCUUCACCUCCAACAACACCUUCAACCUCACUCUACCCUUCACCUCCGCCUUCUUCAUCAAAGGGCCACUCGACGUUCACCUCUCUCCCAGCCACCCCUCCACUGUCGUCGAAGUCCUUUCCCCCCAACCACUCAACACCCUCAACAAUAACCCCUCGCUCAUCACCGUGAAAAUCAUAAAAUCCGUUCAUCAAAAACACCUUCACCUCUACGAAAUCAAAGUCCACGGCAUCGUCGAUCCCUUCACCGGACUCAAUGUCACCUUCUCCAACCCCGACACCCAACAAACUAAAAACGUCACCGUCUCCUACUCUCGUAAAUGGCCACACAAACCGCUUCAGAGCCAAAACACCGAGCUCGUCCAAAAAGAAUCCAGCAUUUCAUUCUUCUGGACCGCCAUCAUCUUUUGUACCCUCGUCGUCACGGUCGCCUAUGUCUUCAGUAUACUCAGGUCCGAACACAACGUCUUCUUCACUCCAAACACCAACGUUCGCCCGAGAAACGACGUCACCAGUCGCAAAUUCCCAGUCACCCCAACUCGCACCAGAGCCAACCAAACACAAAGCCCACAACUCAGAUCCAACUUCUCAGCCUAUUAACUCGCAAUCCUCAAUCCCCCCCUUGAAAUAAAAUAAAACGGCCCUCUCUCGCCAAAAAACGCUCUCCUUCUUUUCUAAACCUCCCACAGAAAAACGAACACCUUCUGACUCGACCCUAUACGCGACCUGUUCCUCUUCACCCCGUGACUCCAAAAAACUCCAACGUACAUUUUAGCCUCGAGCUUUUUUGGACUCGCGCGGCUCUUCACGCGGCAAGCAUCAUCCCCAAGAACAAUCCCCUCGAUGUGAGCCCCCUCCUUCACACUCCCUAACGUCCGAUACAUGCGAUGAGGCACCGCUCCUGUAGACACCCAUCAUCCACGCAGAAAACUUCAAUCUAACAUUCCGCAAAAAACUGGUGGAAAUUCGGAUGUCUCUCACUCAGACGAAACCAUCGUUCUUAUCGCUUCCGUACGAGAUGUCGGCGUUGUAACAGCAAACAUUUGAAAUAGAUAAUAAUUUCUGGUAAUUUCCAUAAAUUUUGUACGGCACUCGUGACGUCUACAAAAAGGGGUCUGCCUUAGACAGAGCAAAGGUGUCAUGAAAGAUAAGCUCUGGAGUCGGUUUCCAAGAGUCGCGUAUAUGGUGUUGACAAAACUCCGUCCUCAAGGAAGACCAAUACACCAGGAUCCAAGUGCUCGAUGCGAAUGACAAAUUUCAAAAAAGACCUAAUUAUAAAAAA